AUGAUAGAUAAUCUCAAACGUAGCUCGAAUCCGAAUGUGAUCCACGCCCUUGCACGUGGACACAAGCGUCACGUGCCAUACAGGAAUUCUACUCUCACCAGACUCCUACAGGAUUGCCUUGGUGACAAUGGAAAAACAAAUUUUAUCAUUUGCAUAGCACCUUCCCUCGGCGAAGUAAACGAGACCAAGUGCAGUUUAAACUUCGGUCUUCGAGCCAUGAGAAUAACCAAUGUGGCCCGCCUUAAUGUUGAGGUGGACUAUAAAGUAUUGGCUGAAAGAUUGGCGAAAAAACUCGAGGAUCAAGAAAUUAAAUACAAGUUCGAGAAGCUGGAGUACCUCAGAGAAAUACAGCGGCUGAAAUCUGCAAUAAGCUGUUACCAGGAGAGCGAGAAUUUCGCAGGAAAAGAUCACGAGAAGUUAGUCACAGUAAUUGCCAAUCUUUCCAAAAGUGUCCAACGAGAGAAAGAGGAGAAGAAUAAUCUUCAAACAGAGCUGGUGUGCCUGAAGAAACAAGUGUCUCAACCAGUAGGAACAAGUGCCCCUGAUGUCGAGGCUGUCUUACUUGCCGAGCUUAUGUCCAUGGAAUUGUUAGCAAAUUUACAAAACCCGGAUGCAGCUAAGGGAAUCCUUUUAGAUGACUCACUUCCAGCCAAAGUUAAAAGUCAUCUGGCAUUGGCUGACACCCAAGAAACACUUUUGAACAAUGCUGGGUGUUUCUUGCAGUUGUUAGACCUCCAUCUUGACACUGAACUGGAUGCAAACGAAAGAAAGCGGGCAGCUUCCGAUGCAAAGGAAUAUUUGCAGUUUAAUUUAUCUAAGGCGGGCUCGGUGGAAUUGUUCUCCAAAGACUGCUCCAUCAAAAUUUCUCCUAGGGGUGUCCCUAAAGAACCCUGUCUCAGCCUACCCAUGUACAAUAGCAGUCCCGAUGAAAAUUCCUCUGGACUGGCGGGUGGAGUGCGCAGAAUGUUGGGUAAACUCAUGGGUCGAGAGAGCAAGGACAGGACGUCAGUUUCGCCUGGCACACAUCCCAGCGGCCAAGCAUGCUCUGUUCCUAGUGGUGACGUUACCCAACGUGGGCAUGAUCAGGAAGACCCCAUGAUUAAAACCAAGGCAUUAUUAACACGCCUGACCAGCUCUAAGGAGAAGGUGGAGCAGCAAGUUCUCAGUUUAUUGUCGACGUUGUUUGACGAACAAAUCACCAAAAAUGAAGGACAAUGUCCGCAAUGGAACGAGCUGGGAAAUAAACUGACUAAGCUGAUCAUGUUUCGACGCAAUAACAUGCCUG